AUGGAUGUCCAUAUCCACAUGUCCUACUGUACUUCAUGUGGCAAAAAACUACCUGGGAACUACAGAAACCUGCUCAUGCCCAAAGCCGAGUUGCUAAUAGCUUCAACCAAAGUGACCCUAGCUGAAGUUGACGAACAACUUUUGAAAUGUGACGAUCCUACAAAUUCGCUCGAGGGCCUUAUUAAGUUCCUCGAUCAGAAAAAGCUAAACUUGGAUGUGACUAAUGGUGUUGAGUCGAAUUUGGAGACUGGUCUCGGUUUUGACGAGCUUAACGAAAUCUUGAAGAAAGCUCCUGAGGAGAUGAGUGAAAGGAUACUUAAGAAAGAUGAGGCUGCUAAUGCCUUGAAAAUCUUGAUUGGGUUUCUUGAGGAGAUUGGAGCUGACAAGGGUAAACAUUGUGGUGCGAGUUUUGAAUCUUCUGCUGCGAUUGUGUUGGAAUCUGGUAAACAAGACGAGAUCGAAACUGAAGUGUGA